AUAUGUUAAUCCCUGAACAGCAAAGAGAUCGGUCUGAAUAUUAACAUAAUAAACAUUUGAUGAGGGGGGAGGGAGCCCAAAGCCUUCGAAGCCUUGACCUGUAAACAACUACAACACGGACUCAAGUGGAUCAUUGCAGUCUGUCAGAAAAACAGCUGACAUUCGCUACGAUUUGCCACAGUCCUCAAACAAGGUGAACCGACUAAUUUAUUAAAACAAAAUGAAGCGAAACCGACUAUAGAUUGGGUUUGAUAACGCUUAUCACUUAAGAAAACACAGCAUCGCGAAUCGACCUUUCUUAAAGGCAUUCCACGGAUUUUUAAAAGGGACGCGGAGAUUCAGACGCUAAAAAGGAGUUGGGGUUUAAGGGAAAACAAACCCAAGAAAUGUGAAAGAAGUUGUUCAAGCUGAACCGUUCCUGGUGAUGUAAAUCUAUUUAUCAAUUCACACCUCGAGGAUCUUUGCAGGCAACGUCACGUCAGGAUCAAAGAUAACAAUAAUAAUAAACAAAGACUCGUCGCUGGAGUAGGACUUCAAACGGCAUUAAUACAAAGGCGUGCUAAAUGACUGAAAAAUCCAAGCAAACUGACGUAAACAAAACAGCAUUUCUACGUUGUAAUAUUGUGAAUUGGUUUGUUUUGGUCGGUUCUUGAAGGUCAUUGAAGAUGGGAUAUGACAUCGAGCGCUUCGUUGGGGCAGUAAACGAAGGACUUUUAUGCUGUAUCUGCCGAGAUGUCCUGGAAGAGCCCUUAAUGGCGCCGUGCGAGCAUUCUUAUUGCUCCGCUUGCGUUCUCGGCUGGCUAACACACUACAACACUUGCCCGGAAGAUAGGCAGAGUCUCUGGCCGAGCGAUCUAAAACCCAUCUUUCGUUACAUGAAAAACGACCUGGACAGCCUAAAAAUUCACUGCGAUCAUCAAAGUAAAGGCUGCAAGUCGGUAGUAAGGCUGGGGAGUCUGGCGAGGCAUCUAAAAGAGGAGUGCGAUUUUGUGGCUGUCGCAUGCCCUAAUACAGGAUGCAAUGAGAGUUUGAAUCGGUGCGACUUAGACACGCAUCUUAUAAUCUGCGACUUUCAGACAGCCAAGUGUACGCGAGGUUGUGGCCUCCAGGUGAACAUGAAUGAACUCGCGCAGCACAACUGUAUUAACGAGUUACGCGGGUCUAUGGAGAAACAGAAAAGUGAUUUUCAAACGGAGUUGCGUGACAUGAAGAGAGAUAUGGAAGAUAAGUUGGACGCGCAACGAGUUGAGAUGGUUUAUAAGGAAUCUACCCUACAGAAUCAGAUCGAGGAGUUGAAAGUACAAGUAUCGGAGCUAGUCCGAGAGACGAGACUUUUGAAGGCUAGAGAGACCCAGAGAUGGAGCUUGUCAAAGGCGGAGCAAGCUGAGUACCGAGACAUCAUGGAGUGGCUCAAGGGGCUCAAGUACCAAGACGAUAUAACAGAGAAAUACUGUGGCACAUGCAACAAGCGCUUCCUUCACAUUAGGAAGGAGCCGCUGACAAGCUUACGAGAGCAGAUGCAGACAAGCCAUUCUUGCUACAACGAGGAAAACGCCUUCCUUACGAGCCUGCGCUCAGCCAGACAAAAACCCGGAAGCCAGUGUACAAAUCUGGCGUCAAAUUACUCUAGUGCCCAGGGCCUCAUUAGCCUCGCGCUGUCAAACGAGUCGAGCAUGGAUAGAGCGUCAAUAGAGAACUGGAGACGAGCAACGGAUCUCGCUAGUACCAGCUCCCCGUUCUCUAUUCUCAGCCGAGAUGGACCGGGACGGCAGAGUGGUACAGCAAGUUCUCCUAAGUGAAAUCAUGGGAUUCAAGCUUCUUGAUGAAG